CCCGCGCGUGCUGUGGAGCGAUGGGCGCGGACGCGGGAUGAGCGGCGGGCGGCAGCGCACUCUACCCGAGGCGUGGAGGCGGGCCGCGGGCCCCGCGCUCCGGGCCGGCCGGGAUGCGGACGGCGACGACGACGACGACGACGAGCUGCUGGCGGCCGCCGCCGCGGAGCUGGACCCGAACCCGGGCCCCGAACCGGGCUCCGGAGGCUUCUGCGCGGCGGCGGGGGCGCUGUGGAUCUACCCGACCAACCGGCCCGAGCGCGCCUACCAGCUGCGCAUGGCCCGCGCCGCGCUGCUCGCCAACACGCUGCUGUGCCUGCCCACCGGGCUGGGCAAGACCUUCGUGGCCGCCGUCGUCAUGUACAAUUUCUACCGCUGGUUCCCCUCCGGCAAAGUGGUCUUCCUCGCCCCCACCAAAGCGCUGGUGGCGCAGCAGAUGGAGGCGUGCGCUCAGGUCAUGGGCAUCCCCGGGCGGGACAUGGCCGAGAUGACGGGGGGAACGCAGGCGCUGAGCCGCAAGGAGCUGUGGGCCACCAGGAGGGUCUUCUUCCUGACGCCGCAGAUAAUGGUGAACGAUCUCAGCCGAGGAACGUGUCCUGCUGUGGAAAUUAAAUGUUUGGUUGUUGACGAAGCCCACAAGGCCCUGGGGAACCAUGCCUACUGCCAGGUUGUAAAGGAGCUGAGCAGAUACACCAAUCAGUUCCGGGUCUUGGCCCUGAGCGCCACACCAGGCAGCGACACCAAGGCUGUGCAGCAGGUUGUUUCCAACUUACUCAUUGCUCAGAUAGAGCUGUGUGCUGAAGACUCUCCAGAAAUUCAGCCGUAUUCUCAUGAGCGGCAAGUGGAGAAAAUCGUUGUUCCUCUUGGUGAGCAGCUGGGCAGCAUUCAGAGAGCUUACAUCCAGGUGCUAGAAAUGUUUGCCGGACGCCUGAUCAAAAUGGGAGUUUUAGCAAGGCGGGAUAUUCCUAGCCUCACGAAGUACCAGAUAAUUCUAGCAAGAGAUCAGUAUAGGAAAAACCCUUCCCCACAAAACAUGGGGAUGCAGCAAGGCAUAAUUGAAGGAGAUUUUGCUCUUUGUAUCAGUUUAUAUCAUGGUUAUGAGCUGCUGCAGCAGAUGGGAGUGCGAUCAUUAUUUAUCUACCUUUGUGGAAUUAUGGAUGGAUCCAAAGGACUAACUCGUACGAAGAAUGAACUUGGUCGCAGUGAGGACUUCAUGAAGCUGUAUCAGCAGCUUACAGACAUGUUUUCAGACACGUACCAGAAUUCAGCAAAUGGAAAUGUUUACAAGAGUAGAACAGCGAUUGAAAAUAAGAAGGAAUUUAUUUACAGUCAUCCAAAAUUAAAGAAAUUGGAGGAAAUAGUAGUAGAGCACUUCAAGUCCCGCAAGACGGGAUGUUCUGAUCAAACCACGUCUGGAAGCACAUCUGCGAGCGCCGUGGACACCAGAGUGAUGAUCUUCUCAUCAUUUCGGGAUAGCGUGCAGGAAAUUGCAGAAAUGCUGUCCCGGUUCAGCCCCGUUGUUAGAGUGAUGACUUUCGUUGGGCACUCCACAGGGAAGAGCACAAAGGGCUUCACACAAAAGGAGCAGCUUGAGGUGGUAAAACGCUUUCGUGAGGGUGGCUAUAACACCCUGGUGUCUACGUGUGUGGGAGAAGAAGGUUUGGACAUUGGGGAAGUCGACCUCAUCAUCUGCUUUGAUGCCCAGAAGAGCCCGAUCCGGCUGGUGCAGCGCAUGGGCCGCACGGGGCGGCAGCGGCAGGGCCGGGUCGUCAUCAUCCUCGCCGAGGGCCGCGAGGAGCGGACGUACAAUCAAAGCCAGUCCAACAAAAGGAGCAUCCAGAAAGCUAUUUCAGGAAACAAAAUGCUUCAUUUUUACCAGCACAGCCCACGAAUGAUUCCGGAAGGCAUAAAUCCAGAGUUGCACAGAAUGUUUAUUACUGCUGAAAAAUACGAACCGAACAAUUCAAGAAAGCUUUCCAGAGGGAGACCGAGUUCCCUCCACCAUAAAUCUGCUCUCUUCUCCUGUGUCACUGGUCCAAAGGAAACGCGCUGUCAUGAGAAUUGGUUUCUGUCACCUGAGGAAUAUGAAAUAUGGGACAGACUGUACAGACUUAAAGAAAGUGAUGGAGUAAAGGAGCCAGUGCUGCCUCAAACUCGGUUUGAAACCUUAGAAAACCUGGACGAAACAUCAAAGUCUGAGGAGGAGGCAGCCCAUAAGCUGUCCUUGUCCGAGUGGAGCAUUUGGCAGAAUCGCCCUUUUCCUACCAGCAUGGUUGACCACUCCGACCGCUGCUACCAUUUUAUCGGUGUCAUGGAGAUGAUAGAAGUGAUGAGACAAGAACAGGGAGAUUGCAGCUAUGAACUGGAGCUCCAGCCUCACCUACGCAUUGAGGAUGUUCAUGUCCCAAGGAAUAAAAGCCGUCUUUCCAUGCCCAGCUCCUCGAUUGCUCAGAGGGCACACUCAUCCAAAAGAGGCGUGGCGCGCACAAAAAAACCAUUAUUACCUGAUGUGAGUGAUAAUGAGAGAGAAUUCUUUUCUAUAUUUAAAACAACGGACGCAAAGACUCACAAAAGAACUGGACUGGAUUUGGAAGAGCCUGAGUUGCCUGCAGAUACCGAUGCUUCAGGUCCUUGCUCUGCAAGAAGGCUCGCUCCGCUCGAGAGUACUGACCAGGGCAGCCAAAAAGAGGAGAUGGAGAGGGUGACAUUUGACUUAAAUGGAUUUAAUGACUUAUGUGACGACAGUGACAGUACUGUAACUCAUGAAAGUGCAGCGAUAAAGGAUCUGAGGUCGUUGGAUGAACACUGCAGUUCAGUGGGGCUGAACCACGCCGAUUUGGGUUACAGCAGCUUCACGGCCGAGAAAUCCCCCGUGUCCCCUGACUUGUUUUAUCUCCCUGAAUCACACAUGGAUUCGUUUGUGCUUGAGAGCUCAUCCGAAGAGCUUCCUAGGCUAGAAGGAGCGCUUUCCUGCGUGAAGAGGCUGUUAGCACGUUCUCCUCCCCCUGUCAAUAAACUUCAAGAUUUGGAAAAAAUGUUGGGACGUGAGGAAACGCUGUGCCCUCUUGGCAAGGUGAGUUGCAGCGGUCGUUCAGGGCAGCUGCCGGACAGAAGCUUUCCUUCUUCCUCAGAAGUUGGUCACUCACUGCUGCCUGCUGGAAAUCCGGAGCUGGAAGUCCCCGGUGACCGGUGUGCUCCUGUAAAUACCUGCCUUCCAAAACCUGCAUCAUCUUCGCCCACGGCUGCUGGUGGAGCCGAGGAGGGGCCUCCAUGGGGCGGCAGCUCCCACAGUCUGUUGGGCAAGGAGGGAUUCACGGAAGUUGAGAAGAAAUCUCCGACGGCAGAUCGCACAAAUAACCCUUCAAAUCAACAUUUUGUUCAAGGAGAUGACGAGCAUUUAGAAACGAACAAGAAAAAUGUGACUAUUGAUGAAGAGAGGAGUAUACAUUUAUUUGAAGAGGAACACAUCUACGGAGCUAAUAAUGAAAUGACGCCUGCAAAUAACGAGCCUUCGCUCAGGUUGGGUUCAAGUGGGCAAGCUACUCGGCCUGCUGCAGGGCCGGGCUGCCCACAUGGGGACAGAGCCUGCAAGGAAGGGGCAAUGCAUGGGGAGAUGGCACCCAUGGGAUCCUGGGGCGGUAGCGCUGCGAUGGAGCAGGCCCUGGAUACUAGUGACCUCUGUGAUGCCUCCCAGGAACUGUUUUCUGUUAAUUUUGAUCUGGGGUUUUCCAUUGAAGAGUGUGAGAAGGAAGUCUUUGAAGAAGAUAUGGAGCCUGUUAAUACCCCCAAAUUAAACAGUGCCUCAGGGAGCCGUGCAGGUGUUCAGCUCACCAGCAGUAAAAAAUCUCUGAACGAUGGCUGCAGGUUUCAGAUGUCGCCAAAAUGGGAUUGCAGAAGUCUAGAGGGAAGAAACAUGUCCACACCGCUGCCACUGCAGAGCAGAAAUGAGAGGGACACAGCAGCACCUGGGGGGACACCAGGGGGCAGGAUGGGAUGCAGCUUGCCUCCUUCACUUUCUACCCCAACGGGCAGAAAGGUCAGCCGUGCUGAAGCUACCAAAAGGAUUCGUAAGAGUGUUUUAUUCAGUGUCAGGGAGGGAAUUCCAGAGGUCCAUCCUACAGGUGAAGUCAAUGCAAGCUCACAGAGAAAGAACUUUGGGAGUUCAGCCUUGGAUGCGCUUGAUUCCGCUGGAGGAAGAACUGAAAACCUGCAAGGCACCAACCUUCGUAUUUCACCUGUGCUUCCUGCUGAAGGAACCAGCAGUGAAAGUGAAGAAGAGAUUGUUUUCCAGAGGAAGAACAGGAGAAACAAUGUUUUGAAGUCUCCUGAUGUUGUGAAUGACAGUGAUGGUGGAUCUCCGGUUCGUGCCAUCAGGAAACGCCGACACCCGCUGAACACGUCCGACGCGUCCAGUGACGACGGCGUGGAUUUUCACAGGGACCCCAGCAGGAGCACGAAGGGCUGCUCAGCAGCAGGCACCAAGCUGAGAAGUGCGAAACGUCAGAAGGUCAGGAGCAAUGUUACAGGCAAGAAUGCGGCAAGACAGUUUUUAGACGAAGAAGCCGAGUUGUCCCAGCAGGACGAGAGCUGUGUUUCUUCUGAUGAGAGCGAAGACACAGACCAGGAGCUGAGCUCCUCGCUUGGUCAAUUCCUGAAUGACGACGCAGAGGUCACACAAGUGUUAAAUGACUCUGAGAUGAGAGGCGUUUACCUGAAGUCUGUGCGCAGUCCAGCUCUGGGGAGCAGAUACAAAAUGGUGCAUCGGGAAUUCAACAGCACUGAGAUUUUCUCACAGAUCCCCGAGCAAGACGAGGCUUACGCAGAAGACAGCUUCUGUGUGGUGGGGGGGGACGAGGAGACUUGCGAAAAAAGCCAAUCGAGUGAGGAGGAAGUGUGCGUUAACUUUGACCUCUUAAAUAACGAGAGUUUCGCUGGUGGAAGGCGGCGGUACCUCACUCGGCGGAGAGAAAAACUGCACAGAGCCAAGGUGGAACAGAACUGCUCGGUCCCGAAGAAGAAGAAGCCGUCCCGAAUUAUCGUCCUCAGCGAUUCCAGCGGGGAAGAAACAGGUGUCAGCAAGGAGAAACCCACGACAGACUGCUCCAGGGCGCAACAGGAAAACGCUGAGCUGCUCACGUCCCUGCCUUCUGUGCCGCAUAAAAAAACAGCUGGGGCCAUCAGUGCUCAUCGGCCCGUGGAGAGUAAGAGCGGUAUGCUGCUGGGCCUGAAGGCGUCUGUAUCCGAAAUGCUGGACUUCCAGCCAGGGCCUCGCUCCAGUUUGGGGAAGGAGGAUCUCCAGGCUCCUGCUGAGCGUCUCAGACACGCUGUUGGCGUUCAGCAUUUGCAGCCGGGGAGCUCUGUGAGGAACGCUGCUGGGAACGCUGCGGGGUCCACAAAGCCCCCCCCGGCUCCAGCUCUGCCGGCCAAGGACGCGGUGCUGUGUGUUCUGGUGGACAGCCGCGAGAUCUCCUCCGGCGCCGACGUCAUCUCCUCGCUGAAGGCCGAGCACGGGGUGAAGGUGCAGGUCUGCUCGCUGGGCAGCAGCGAUUACGUUGUCAGCAACCGCCUGGCAGUGGAAAGGAAAUUCCAGUCGGAGCUGCUGAGCUCCUCCAACAGGAGCAAGGUCACCCAGCGGAUCCAGCGCCUGCAGAGCGAGUUUGAGAGAGUGUGCGUGAUCGUGGAGAAGGACAGGACCAAGCCAGGGGAGACAUCGAGGUUUUUCCCGAGGACGCAGCACUAUGACAGCAUGCUCGCUGCCUUGCUCCAGGCCGGCAUCCGGGUUCUUUUCAGCUCUUGCCAAGAGGAGACUGCCGUGCUGCUGAAGGAGCUGGCCCUGGUGGAGCAGAGGAAGAACGCCGCCAUUCGUGUGCCAACCGAAGUGGAAGGCCGCAAGCAGGAAGUGCUCAACUUCUACUUGAGCAUUCCCAACAUCAGCUACCUGGCCGCUCUCAACAUGUGCCACCACUUUGGCUCUGUGAGGGAGAUGGUCAACAGCUCCCCAUCAGACAUCGCUGCCGGCGCCCAGCUCAGCCCGCAGCGUGCGGAGGAGACGUACCGCUACCUGCGCUAUGGCUUCGACGCGCAGAUGCUGCCCGAGAGCCUCUGUGGGAAGGGGAAAAACAACGCUGCCACCAAGAGCUGAGGAGAAGUGAGGCGGGGCUGCUGAGAGCCUCGGGCCGUUCUUUCAAUUGCACUUUACUGAGUUUACAGUCGCUGUAAAAUAUGUAAAUAAAUCCUCAGAGAAACGUGGGGGUUUGGGGCAGCCUGAGACUGUGUCUGACAGAGGGAAGGAGCGUACCUGCAGUGCCUUGCCUUGCUCUGAUGGAAGAGUGGUACCACAGUGCCUAAAGAUGAGCCGUCAUCUGCAGCGCUCCUCAUCCUGCUGGUGGUGUCUGCUUCACCCAGAACACCGAGCAAUUCCUGGGGUUACAGCUGGGAUGGAUGGGCCCGGGGCAAGACCUUUGCAUUUGGAAGUGGGGGAAAAUGGAGCCCUACUCCCACGUGCUGCAAGGUCCACCACUUCCAGGUGACUGAAGUCCUGACAUGGGAAGGCACAGGGCAGGCAGAGGCCCCUGCUCACCACUCACGGCUUAGAUUAAGGUUAUAUGAAUAAUUAUGGUGGAAAUUCAAGCAAAGCUUUCUUACCUACACGGGAAUUAUUCACAGGCUUCACUCCACCUUAUCUUUACAGAGUGUGAUUUUCACAUAAGACACAGCUGGUGCUGCUAGGACAGUACUGUGCCCACCCACUGCAGCAGUGGCAGAGGGGCAGCGAAGCUGCUCCCCCUUGAAGGUAAACCUGUGCCCAUCUCUGUGUACAGAGAGGGCUCUCUGGGCAAAACCUUCUAUGAAGGAUAAAUCUGAAGAGCCCAGCAGAACUCAGCAGCCGCUUUCAAAGCAGCUCAGCCCCAACAUUAAGUCCUGCAAGUCUAUUUCAGAGCACCUGAGGGUUGUCCCAGUAAGAAGGAGGCAGAAAGGGGCACCCAGCAGCUCAGGCCCAGGGCCCAGGAGGGAUGUUUCUGUUCUGUGCUCCUGAGCACUCAACACUGGCAGCCUGGAGUGCGAGUUCCUGAGCUGAAGGCCUAGAAAUUACUUUUUUCCUGUUAUCUCCCAUUCAGUGAAAAGAGACGCUCAAAGCUUUAUUCUUCUGUACUGCACUGAAAAUACUGAGCUUUGCUGAUGGGGGGCAGGAAUCACUAUUUUAAAAGAGAAGUGAGUGCUUACGUAACAGUCCCAAAGACUUUCAAACAGUUGCUUCUCUAAGAGAUCAUAAAACUGCUGCUACAUUCAUGUAAAAAAGAAAAAAUUCUCAGCAGAGGAAAGUAUAAGGCAUUUUCAAUUAAUUACAAAACUGUGUCGUUAAAAAUAUCCUGUACAGCAACAUUUCUAGAAGGUUGUAUCUUAGACUGAACCAAUUAAAACCUGCAAUUAAUUGGUA